AUGAGAUCUCUCACAGAAGAAGAGACGCGGACGCUCUUCACGAAGCUCGCUGUCUACACCGGCCGCAGUCUGAAUACUCUUAUCACCCCCGCCGAAGAUGGAACCUUGAGUGUUUUCCGUCUGCAGGGAUCCCGUGUCUACUACGUUAAGAAGGAUCUCGCCAACCUGAGCGUCUCAUUCCCCCGCGAUGUGCUCUUGUCUAUGGGUACUAUGGUCGGCAAAUUCACAAAGACUGGCAAGUUCCGUCUUAACCUGACAGCUUUGGACCUGUUGGCCCAGCACGCUCGGUACAAGGUCUGGAUCAAGUCAAACGGAGUUAUGCCUUUGCUCUAUGGUGGUUCAGUUCUCAAGGCCCAUGUCGCUCGGUGGUCCGCCGAAGACGCCCCCGUGAACAGUGGAGUUAUCAUUUUGGACGAAUCCGACAACCCAUUGGGAUUCGGUGUCACUGCCAGAGGAAUAAGUGAAAUGCGUCGCCUUGAGCCUACAAGUGUUGUCGUUCACCGUCAGGCCGAUACAGGAGAAUAUCUCAGAGAGGAGGAUACAUUGUUCACCACCUAA